AUGAGGGCCAUGCCCGGACACGCUCAAAGACUCAAGCUGCCGUACAUCUACAUGCAAGGUCUGCUGAACAUUGACCAGAAUGAUGAGCAGCUAUACACUCAAGCCGUGAAGGCCAAAGCGGACGACAAGACGAUCAGUCCUAUGUUUCUGAUCGCGCAGACUCUGCCUCUAUUGAUCCACGUCCUCGCCGAUCGUGAGUGUCCGAUCUUACCCCUAGGAACUGUCAACACACGCAAUACAUUCAAAAUCCAUCGGCCCAAGCUAGCUCGAGACAUCAGCGCCUUGAGAACAGCUUCUGAAGAGUCGAAGCUUUCUUACAGAGUCUACUUUGGAGGGUUCGAUAGGCCAGGCUAUCGCCGCAAAAGGGGUGUGGAGUUCUGCAUCUCUGUUGACGUACUGUUCGGCGAGGAUAUCAUUGUGACCCAGGAGCUUUGGGUCUUACAAUUUUUGACCAAGUCGUUCGAGCCACGAUACAUACCAGAUGGAGGCGAACAAGACCAGAGAGCACUGGAAGACCACGUAGGGGAUGGUGGCUCCCAUACAAUUCGUCUCGCAACGAGCGAUCCACACAAAUGGGCUGCUUCGACGAAAGACUACAACCGUAUCCACGUCUCGCACUUAGGGGCUAAGAUAUUCGGGUUCAAGUCCGUCAUCGCACAUGGCAACCAUCUGGUCGCUCUGGCCACAGAAUGCUUGCGAGAUGACAUUGCGAAGGACCAGGAUUCACCCAGCUCGAAGGCAAGGCAAAUGUGGUGGGAAGGGACGAAACCUAUCAUACUCGAGGCUCGUUUCAUUAGACCUACGACCUUACCUGCAGAGUCCCAUAUCGCUUGGCGAGACUCUGGGAACAGCGACUCUGGAGUACGAUUUACCAUGUCAAGUCGUGGCAAAGUCUGCAUUUCCGGGUCUUUGAUUCAUGACGAUACGCAGAUUCCAAUGAAGGCCAUUACGUCGCCAAUAGAAUAA